AUGAAUAUCCUCGAAUGGGCCUUUGGCAAGCGCAUGACGCCCGCCGAGCGUCUGCGCAAGAACCAGCGCAUGCUCGACAAGGCCAUCCGCGAGCUCGACCAGGUCCGCGUCAAGCUCGAGAAGCAGGAGAAGACCCUCACCACCCAGAUCAAGCAGAGCGCCCAGAAGGGCCAGAUGGGCGCCGCCAAGAUCCAGGCCAAGGACCUCACACACCGGACAAACGAGCAGAUGAUGCAGGCCAUGAAGGGCGCCACCACUGCCCUCGGCAGCAUGAACCGCUCCAUGAACCUGCCCGCUCUGCAGCGCAUCGCCAUGGAGUUCGAGCGCGAGAACGACGUCAUGGAGCAGAGGCAGGAGAUGAUGGACGACGCCAUUGACGACGCCAUGGACGUCGGCGUAGAAGAGGAGGGUGACGAGAUCGUGGAGCAGGUCCUGGAAGGGUUAGGCGUCGAUCUCAACCAGGCCUUUGGCGAAACCCCAACUGGCCUGCAAGCCGAGAAAGCCCCCGAAGGCAGAGUCGCCCAAGCAAUCGGAGGUGGCGGCGGCGGCGGCGGUGUUGGCGGCGACCCUGGCGAUGAUGACCUACAGGCCCGGCUUGAUAGUCUGAGGAAAUAG